UUAUAUACAUUCGUUUCAACUUUUUAUGCUUGCGUAUGUAAAUGCGUCAUUAUGUUUAUCUCUGUCUAAGCACUAAAAAUAACAGCUGAUUGUAUAUUAAAGCAAAAUCAAAUUUUUUUGUAGCCAAUGUUCAACCACAUUUUGUAAAGAUUGUAUUUGUCAAGGGUAAAAAAUGUCAGGACCAGAUUUACCAGAAACUCCAGUACUUUUAAAAAGUAUACAGCCUUUUUUAAAAACUGCUAGCGAACAUGAUAAACGAGAUCCAAUUAUUAGUUAUUGGUGUAGACUGUAUGCGUUACAAGUUGGCCUUAAGUUAUCUACUAAGACCAGCGAAGAAACGAAUUUUCUUUUGAAAUUAAUGGACUGGUUAGAAGUUACAAAGAAAUUAUAUCAUGAAAAUGAGGCUAUUACAAAUGAUGUUGCGGCUCAAGCACAUAUAGAAAAUUGGGCACUGAAACUCUUUCUUUACGCAGACAAAAAUGAUCGAGCAUCUAAUUUUGGAAAGAAUGUAAUUCAAAGCUUUUAUACCGCAGGCCUUUUGUACGACGUUCUUACAACAUUUGGUGAUUUGAGCGAAGAGGCUGGACAAAACAGAAAAUAUGCGAAAUGGAAAGCUGCUUACAUUCAUAACUGUUUAAAAAAUGGAGAAACACCAAUACCAGGACCUAUCAAAGAUGGAAAUAACGAUUCAAAUGAAAACGAUGACAGUCUUUUAGAAUUUAAAGUACAGCCUACGCCUGCACAGCCUAUGGCACCUACAGUUCCAAUGCAACCAUUGCUUGGAAUUAAUUCAAAGCCACUUAUAAAUAUCGGUUCAUUCGACUUCCCUUCAGUACCAGAACCACAUCCAUAUAAUCCAGCACCAACACCAACAGAUCCAGGAACUAAUUACAAAAUCUCUUAUGAAGAUAAAACUUCCUCUUCUAAAUCUGAAGAAAAUGUUGAAUUAAGUAUCGAACAGUCAGGAAAAGCGCAAAAGUAUAUAAAAUGGGCUGGUAGUGCUUUAAAUUAUGAUGAUGUGCCUACUGCAAUAUUAAAUUUAAGAAAAGCCCUGCAUCUUCUUACAACCGGAGAAGAUCCUGUUUGAAUAUAUUUAUAAUAAUUAAAAAUACUAACUUAAAUAAUAGGCGCUUGAAUAAUUUGAAA